AUGUCUACUAAAAGUGACCAAAAUGAGGCAUAUCGGCAGACUCAAUUUCAGAUUUACAAUUUACAGGAGACAAUUUUGAACUCGACCAGGAAUCGAGACUUGAAGAAGGAAAUUAAUCCCUCUUCGGACCCAAAGAACCGUUCUGGACACGAAUUGCGAAAUGGAAGGGAUAUGAAAGUUCUGGUUAGCUCCGAGAAUGUUCUAAAAUAUGUCGAGGAUAACUAUUCAUCAAAUAGACGCAAUCUAGGGGCACUGCGCUACAAUCGCUGGAAAACAGGUUCUUUUGAUGGGCUCGAAACCACCGCACAAGAUAAUGUAUAUCCUUAUGACUACACUAGGUAUGAAUUGCCCCCACCAUUUCUGCCACUCUUCGGCUCCGACAACAUCAACUGCAUCGUGACCGUACAGAUCGAGUUCGAGGAAAUUCAAUGUUUACUUGCCAGUGAGAGAAAUUCCCGAGUGGAGAACCAAGAAAUAUGGGGUACCGAUAUAUACACAGAUGAUUCAGAUAUUCUUUUAGUCUUGAAGCACUGCGGUGUUAUUCUGGGCGAGAACACAACUGCACAAACUCCGGCAAAUUACUCAAACCCUAACAAUGUCAAGGGCCUAGUGCCUCCGGAGAGUAUUGAGUUCGAUGUAUCGGUUGAAAUUCUAUUGCUUCCUCCCCUUCAGAAGUACUCAGCAAGCAAAAGACAUGGUGUGAAAUCAAGAGAGUGGACAAGUUGGCAUGAUGGACUUAGCUACGGCAUUUACGGUGUUACGAUAACUCCUAGAGAUAAGUCCAUUUCCAAAAUAAGCUCUGAUGAAAGAGUAACAACCAUAAAAUGGUGA